AUAUGUGAUAACCAGCUGAAAAUAAACACUUAGAGAGACACGCAGAAGCAGACAGUCGACUCCUCUGUUAACCUCAACAGACCUUGUGACAAUGGCUACGGGUAUGGGAGAAUGGAGUGAGACAAUGGACACCACUGAGGAAACUCAGAAGAUUUGUGAUCAGGUGAAGGACCAAGUGGAGAAACAGACAGGUGAGAACUAUGGGGUAUACACAGCAGUGAAAUACAGGAAUCUGCAUCUGAUUGGAGGAAAACACUACCUCAUCAAGGUUCAUGUUGGAGGAGAGGACUAUGCUCAUCUGAUGGUCGUCCAAGUAACUGGGACGCAGUUCCCAACUCCUCCAUCACUGCGUGGUGUAGAGCAGCACAGAACCAAAGACGACCCCCUCGUACCUUUCACCAACUGAUCACACAACCUGUUUCAGCAGUUAAACACUUACAGGCUGCAGUCUCAUGUUAAAAUGCUCUGCUUCUUUAUUCUGGAAUGACCUGACACUGAUUUUAAAUGUAUUAACACACAGAGAUAAAGAUAUUAGAUGUUGGGACGCAGCAGGUAAAUGCACUGCCUUCUAAAGAAAUAAUAACGAUUAAACAUAAA